CUUUUUGCAAAAAUUACAACAUGUUCUGUUAGUAUUUUGGAAGUAAUAUUUUUGACAUAUAUUUUGCUGAAAAUAUACGCUGUGUGCAGGCAAUAUAAAAGUGUUUUUUAUGUAAAAUUUAUUCUAUAAAUGGCUGCUUCUGGAGAUUUGAAUUCUAUUUACAGUGUCUGCCAGGAACUUGUACACUUAUCCAAAAGUGAGACUAUUGUGGAUGAUAUAAAACACUUUAUAUCUUUAUGGGAUUACAGGGAGGUUAAUAGUUUAAGUCAGUUCAAAGAAGAUUUAAUACAAGUGGUAGAUGAAAUAGAAAAUUUCGUGUUACCCGAGAAUAACAAUCCGCAUAUAAAGAAAUUAAUUUAUUGUUUUGUGCUAUCAGAAAUUUAUGAUUUUAUCAUAUCGUUAAUCAGAUCUCGGUUCUCAAACGACGAUAUGAAGAUGUAUAUGCUCUCAAAAAGAUUUUGUUUGGAGAAUGGCAAUCCAAAACAACUGGGAAGCACAUUUUAUAAUUUUGUACCAAAUGCUGCUAUAGUGGAAUUAUCGAUGUUGAAUACAAAAAGGACAGCUGCGGAGAAGUUAUGCUGUUUGUGUUCAGCAUAUGAGUACAUUUUUGCUGAGGUCAAAAGUGCAUUGAUCUCUAUUAUAUCAAAAUAUUCAGAAAAAGAAAAUAAUAUUCCUAUAAUAAAUAAUAAAGAAGUUGUUCCAAUUGUUAUGGCUGUAAUACUCAAAUCCAAAUUGUUUUAUCUCAUUAGUGAUAUGUAUUUUAUCAGAUAUUUUGGAUCUGACAUUUUAGAAGAAAAUAAAGAUAUGAAAAAUAUAUACCAGAUUUUUGAAGACUCUAUCCAUAAACUUUUUCCCUUAUUUAGAGAACCAAUUCCCGCAAUUAGGGACACAGAAAAAUUAGAAAAUCAUCUUGGUGUAUGCGAGACAAUUAACUUUAUAGAAAAAAUUAAUAGUGAAGUGGAGACUAAACAAACGAUUUUCCAAGAGGAAACCAGAAGAGUAGCCAAAUUGAUCAUAUCAGCUACUACUGAAGAUUUGUGUGAUAACUAAGAUGUGGUUUUAAUACUACAUGUAUUCAGAAUUUUGCUAAUGCUUUAGCACAAGCGACAAAUCAGUUUGGACAACAGUUAUCGCAAGGAAUACAGUCGUUUGCAAAUGCAGCACAAGAUUUUGUGAAUGGAGGAUAAAUUAUAAUUAGGACAAAUCAUAAUACAUAUAAUAAAUUAUUAUAGAGCA